CUGACUUCAUGUGUAUGCGGUCUGGAAACUUCAGUGGAAAAGGGGGGCGUCGAAGGACAUCAUAUAAAAAGCACAAUAAAGAGGCAUCUGAGUCUAACAACAAACCACAACACAGCUGUAUCAUGAACGCUACACAGUUCAAGGUUCAAAAAGUCGACCUGCAACAGGUCCGAAACCAGAUCCAGCACAGGACCGACGAUCUGAGCUCCAAAACUCUGGUGCUGCGGAGAGGACAGCCGUUCACAAUUCUUAUUAACAGUGAUGGACGGCCAUUCGAUCCACAGAGGGAAAAACUGGUCUUUGUUCUAGGGCCGCUGAAUGUGGACGUCCCUCUCUCUGUGUCUGGACAGCCUUCUCCAAAUCAAUGGAGUGCCAUUCAGGAGAAGAGCCUACCCAUCCCGUAUACACCCUGUCCACUGGCAGUAUCACUGUCCAGCCCUGUGUCUGCCUAUGUAGGAGUCUAUGAACUCCAGCUGAGAGUCGAGACCGGCCAGAGUGCCAAAACCUAUUUUCUCGGCCAUUUCACGCUCCUCUGCAACCCCUGGUGUGAAGAUGAUUCAGUGUUCCUGCCGUCGGAGGAUCUGAGGAAUGAAUACGUCUGUAGUGAUUAUGGCGUGCUGUAUAAGGGCAGCCCCUGUAACAUGUUCCUCAGACCCUGGUCUUUUAAUCAGUAUGAUAAAGGGAUGCUGGACAUCUGUAUGCAGUUACUGCAGUUAAGUCCUCAAUCUCAAGCCGACAUGAAGAAAGAUCUGCUGAACCGCAGCAGUCCGGUGUACAUCAGCCGCGUGGUCUCCGCUAUGGUGAACUGUCAGGAUGACAAAGGGGUGUUACAGGGGAACUGGACACAAAACUACAGCGGCGGUGUCAACCCCUCGACAUGGUCUGGCAGUGGAGAUAUUCUCAGGAUGUGGUCAGAAACACAAUUCAGCCCUGUGAAAUACGGACAGUGCUGGGUGUUCGCUGCUGUCAUGUGUACAGUAAUGAGAGCCCUCGGCAUUCCAACUCGAGUGGUCACCAACUUCCACUCCGGUCACGACUCAAAUGACAACAUGGUGAUUGAGGAAUAUUACUCAGAGAUGGGGGAAAAGCUGUCCAUAGCUGGCCAGGAUAGCAUUUGGAACUUCCAUGUGUGGGUGGAGAGCUGGAUGAAGAGGCCUGAUCUGGGUCAAGGUUAUGAUGGCUGGCAGGCUCUUGACUCCACACCUCAAAAGAAGAGCAGGGGAAUAUUCCGCUGUGGCCCUGCUUCUGUUAAAGCCAUUUCUGAGAAGAAGGUGGACAUGCCAUUCGAUGUUCCGUUCAUUUAUGCAGAAAUGAAUGCAGAUGUGCAUAAAAUAAUCAUAAGAAAUGGGAAUAGAUUAUCAUGCGCUGUUGAAAAGGACAGAGUUGGAGUCCUGAUCUGUACCAAACAUCCCGGAUCCAAGAAAAUGCAGGACAUCACGGCAGAAUACAAACCUAAGGAGGAUGACUUCAGAUGUGUUCACUUCAGAGCUCCCUUUAAAGUUAAACUGAGAAGCAUUGAACUUUCAGAUGCUGACGGUGAUUUGGGGAAAGUUGAUGCUGAAGGUGAUUUGGGGAAAGUUGUUCCUGAGGGCAUUGCAGUUUCUCUCCAGCUCUUGAAAGCUCCCAUAGUCGGAGAAAACAUUUCUUUCAACGUCAUAAUCAUUAACGAAGGGGAUGUUUCGAAAAAACUGAGAAAACAUGUGAACGCUCAGAGCAAAGAGUACAACUGCAAUCCCACUGAAGCCUUCUGGAAGGCUGACAAUGAUCUGGUGAUCGGCCCGUAUGAAACCAUGACUGUAAAACACGAGAUCUCCUUCAAGGAGUACAUGCUGAAGGAGGUGAUGGAGGAUCAUCAGGUUAACCUGGCUGUGGUUAUAGAGGAUGUGGAGUCUCAGAAGAGAGUGAUGGCUUCAGAAGAGUUCCACAUCAAGAGCCCUGCCCUCAAAAUACAUGUUCAAAACAAGCGCUCGGUCAUCAUCAACGAGCAGCAACUUGCCAUGGUGACAUUUACCAACACGUUUGAUGUUGCAGUGAGCGGUGAACUCACCAUAGAGGGUUCAGGACUCUUUGAGAAGGUUCAGAUCAGCCUUACGAUCCAGCCUGGAGAAACCAUUUGGAGGCCCAUCAGUAUCAUUCCCAGGAUGACGGGUGACAAGAUGCUUCACGGUAGUUUAGUGUUGACAAAUCUGCCCAUCAUCCUCCGUGGAUUCAAGACCGUCAGUGUUCAAGCAGCUAAGAGAUGAUUGUGAACCCUCAACAUGACAUACUAAUGGCUGAAACACCUUUGGAAAUGAUUGCUUUCUAUUAUUAUUAUUAUUAUUUUUUUUUUUUUUUUUUUUUUUUUUACAAUUGCUAAUUAAAAUGUGUGACCUGUGUGGCAAAAUGAGUCAAAAUGAACACAUUUUCAAAAAUGUGUUCUCUUAUUUUCACAUUCUCCAUUUAAAAAACCAAAAUUAUGUAUGAUUCGUUGGAAUCAGGCAAAGAGGAGCAAAGAGCAAAGAGGACACUGACAACGUAUCAGACAAGACAGAGCAGGUUACUUUUGAUAUGAAACAAAGUAAAGUCUCAAAUUUAGUAAUUUUUAAAGAAAUUUAAACAAAUACAGUUUUGUGGCUCUUUAAUGUGUUGUGACAGAUCGCUGUAGCCCCUCAGAUCAAGCGGCUUGUGAACCGAUCAUCUCUUCUUACUAGUUAAUUUAUAUAAUCAAAUAAACAUGAAUGAACCACAUUUCAACCUCAGAAAGACAUCAGUACACAUCAUUUUUCAAGUUCAAGUCCACCAAUGCUAAUCUACUAACUCCCCUGACUGCUUUGUUGGACGAAUGGGUGGAUUCUGCAUUAUGAUUGGUUAGAUAGCCUGUCAAUCAAACUCCCAGUGAAGGGUCAAUUAGCCCAUGCACAUUCCAACUCCUUUUGCCAGCACAGGUCACAUGUUUUUAACUCCUCAAGCCCAUUUUGGCUGCCUUCAGUCACAAAGAUCAUCAGGGCCUCUUUUUUCCUAAACUCUAAUCUCGUUGUCACCUAAAUAAUCCUUGAAGAGUUUCUUUUAGAUUAAACAUACAUGUGUUUCAACCAAUCAGAAUCCUUUUCACAUGGAGUAAUGAUGUAGUUAGUGACCUUUGUUAGAGUAUAAUUUCUGCUGUAUUGAGUUUGUACGCAAAGUGGCCUACGAACUCCUCGCGAGUACUGAAGCUGACUUCUGCUAAUGAAACUACAAACUAUUUUCUUCAUUAAAUUUUUCUUCAAUUGACUGCA